AUGUAAAAUCAGAUUCACCAGUUUCAUUAACUAAACAAAACCUAUAAGGAAGAUCAAAUUAAACACCAAUAUAUAAUUAAAAAAAGAAAUUUAUUAGAGUUGAUUUACCCACUUAGUUUCACCAAAAAUCGCUGUUGUCUUAGAAGUAUUAAAAUGGUUAAAUAAAAUAUUUCUAGAAGAUAAUAUGUUUUUUCUUGCCAUCUUGUANGUAUAGGUUUUACAAAUAAAGGUACUUGCACUGUUUAUAUUCCAAUAGGUGUUUCUUUACAAAACCUUAAGAUAUAUGAAGAUGCAAUUAGUUGCUAUGAUAAAGCAAUCUCAAUAGAUCCAAAUUUUGCAAUUGCCUAUAAUAACAAGGGUAUUUAUUGUUAAUAUUCCAAUAGGUGCUUCUUUACAAAACCUUAAGAAAUAUGAAGAUGCAAUUAGUUGCUAUGAUAAAGCAAUAUAAAUAGAUCCAAAUUUUGCAAAUGCCUAUAAUAAUAAGGGUAUUUAUUGUUGAUAUUCCAAUAGGUGAUUCUUUACAAAACCUUAAGAAAUAUGAAGAUGCAAUUAGUUGCUAUGAUAAAGCAAUCUCAAUAGAUCCGAAUUAUGCAAUUACCUAUAAGAAUAAAGGUAUUUAUUGUUUUAAUAGAAAUAGGUGAUUCUUUAACAAUAUUAAAAAAAAAUAAAUAAGCCAUAGAAAAUUAUGAGCUAGCAAUUAAAUAUUGUAAAAGUGACGAGAAUGAAUUCAAAAGAAGAAUUUAGUAAAUAAAAAAUAACAAAUGA